GAGCUGCUGCUGCUGCUGGCUGUUUAAAUACAGAACGCACAGAUGUGUGGCAAUUUAUUCCAAGUUCGGCCGGCUUUUGUUGCAUUUGGCGGGUGCGGCUGCCAACGUGUAUACUAUAGAGUAGAAAAAAGAAAUAAAAACAUGACUGAGAUGCAUGCAGCAAAGCAGGAAAUUCGUGCACUAAAAACAACAGCUGAAAUAUCCAUGGCAUCUUCGACUCCUCCUGGUCAGCAUCAGCAGCAGUAUCAGCAUCAGAUGCCCGUAAAGUCAGCAACCACAUUCAAGACAACAACAACUACGGGAGCACCACGACAAAGAACUUUGAUGCGUGCUGCGGAAAUGGACGCGGACACCGAUGAUGGCGAAGCUGAUGCUGACGCUCAUGUUGACGCCGUUGUAGCUGAUGUUCAUGGUGAUGCGAAUGCCAUUCCAGUUACAGUCACAGUUGAUGCGGAUGCUGAUGCUGAUGCGGAUGCGGAUGCCGAUGAUGCGGCAGACAGCAUCACACUAGAGCUGGCCUUGUCGCCGAAUACGCCAACCCCACCGCCCACCACCGCGGACGACGAUCUGGCUGAGCUGGACAAUAGCAAGCCAUUUAAGGUCAAGGACAUUACGAGAAACAUACGCAAGGCCGUUGUGGCCACAACAUUGGCCGAGUUACGGCUCAAGGUAUCUGCGAAGUUUCAGCGUGCUCAGCCAGCGAUUCAUUUGGACUGCGAUGGCACUGAAAUUGAUGAUGAGGAAUACUUUUCCACCUUGGAGCCGAAUGCCGAAUUGAUUGCCGUAUUUCCAGGCGAACAAUGGCGGGAUCCAAGUGAUUAUAAUGCAAAUUUGCGACGAACUUCUUUAGAUGCUCACCGACUGCGCAAAUUGGUUGGCAAGCUGCAACAGAAUCUGCUGCACGACUCAGACUUGGACAAACUAUCGAAUAUGGAUCCAAAUUCGUUGGCCGAUAUCACAGGACGCGAGUUCAAGGAUUCCGAUUAUUGUGUGCAGAGCGAGGCAUCGCGACGAUCGACGGAGUUGUCCUGUUAGAGCAGAAAAUCAUUUGGACGGAACUUAAUUUGAAAUCACCUAGAAACCUACCUUAUACUCCUAUUUAUAUGAUGGGGAUAUAGCACAGUGAAACGUCGCUUAUGAUAGAUUUGUAAGGCAAUUUGUAAGAGUUUUGUAUGACAAGCUGAAACUGGCCAGAGAUUCCAGUUUCGGGUAUUUUUGGAGUAUGUAUUGAUGAUAGCACCUAAAGGAGGCGACAACUAUUUAGACAGCUUACACAUAAAUUGUAUACCUCUAUGUAUUCUAGUUUUUAGAGCACUACUCUUUGAUCUUUAGAGAAUAUUAAUCAGGAAGAUAUCUGUAUUUUUUUGAAAACUAAAUUGCAAUUGCAAGUGGAACUCGCAUCAAAUAGUGAGUAGACAUAGUUGAUGUCUAUGUAGAGCUAUUAUACUGUUUCUAGACCAAUAUCCACCCAAGUAUUCCCAAAGUCUACCUUAGCCAGACAGACUAUAAAUCAAUUUUAGCAACUUGACAAAAAAACCUAAUAAAUUAGAUAAAGAGUUAAAAUAAUUGUACCUUGUACAGUUCUUCAAAACAUAGAUCAAUGUCUGUAAAUGAAUUCACAUAGUUUUGGUUAAUAGGGAGCAACGAGUUUUUAUAUGUAUACCAAUCAAUUUAAUGUAAUUUUCUGUAAAUUAAUUAUAUGGAAAAUUGUGUUAAUUUAAAAAUGUAUAAAUGAUGAUACAAAAAACAAAACCAUUUUAAAUUGAUUUUAUCUAUGUGCCACAUCAAUGUUUAAAACAAACCUAAACACACAUGUGUGUAAAAAUGUAUUGCACUUUGUUUAGCAAUUAAGUAUGAAAAGAAUACAACAUGAAAAGUCAACAUGAAUACAAUUUACGAUUACAAUACUUAUUCUUCGUCUACUGUAUUUGUAUUGUUUGCACAUUUCACAACAACAAAUUGAAAUUACCACACAAAUCGAUUGAAUUGAAAUUGGUAACUCGGCACAACAGAUAAAUUUACGAAAACUUUUUGCAUUGUCUGUGAGUUCAACAAUAAAUUGAGAUUA